UACUGUUAUUUUAUUCUAGAGACAGAGUGAUCGGUCUGAUGAUGACUGCUUGUGAUUUGUGUUCUGUAACAAAACUGUGGCCAGUUACCAGACUGACAGCCAAUGAUAUAUAUGCUGAGUUCUGGGCUGAGGGCGAUGAAAUGAAAAAGACAGGUAUUCAACCUAUUCCUAUGAUGGACAGAGACAAGAAGGAUGAAGUCCCUCAGGGUCAAAUUGGAUUCUACAAUGCUGUAGCCAUCCCAUGUUACACCACACUUGCACAAAUCUUUCCUCCAACUGGGCCACUACUCCGAGCAUGCAGGGACAAUCUCAACCAGUGGGAGAAAGUAACGAGAGGUGAAGAAGCCUCUAUAUGGAUUACUUCCCAGUCCAUUGCUCCUGGAACCUCAGAUUCACUUCCUGUGAAGACUGAUGACUGAACAGCAGCAACAGAUUGCUUUAAGCCUAAAAGCAUCCAUCUGGGAGUUGGUUUGGUUUGGUUUGGUUUGGUUGGAGUUUUUGUUUUUUUUUGGUUCUUUUUUUUUUUUUUUUGACAAAGGAAAAAGAAAAGCUACAAAAUGCUAACUAGGAAGCAAAUCUGUCUAUCUAUGAAGGUGACACCCAUGGUGUUGCCUCAGCUAAAUGACUCUGGCAGCCAAUCUCCUGAUCUACACCAGUGACACAACAUGAACAGAGGGAAAGAUAUUUUGCAAUCAGCUAUUAAAAGAGAACUAACAACUUGUGAAAAUAAAAGACUGGCCUUAUCUCAUGGGCUACAUUGCUGAGGCCUUAAUUUAAAACUGAUGGGGGGAAAAAUCUUAGGGGGUACUUCUAAAUUGUGUCUUUCUAGUAAGGGUUUCAAUGGUACUUUUAUUAUACUGUACUGUGGCUGGCUUUAACACCAGUGUCACUUGGGAGUUCUUGGCUAUAAAUAGAACAAUAUAUCCAUUGCUAUUGUGAAUGUUUAUGUGUGAUCUACUUGUAAUCAGUUUGAACUCCAGCAGAAUCCUUGGAGACUAUAAUUCAUGCUUAGGUUAUGGUGAAUUCUCUUGCUGCAAACAAAAGGAAGACAACAUUCAGGUUAAAGGUUUACAGUACUUAAUUAAGUUCAUGAUGUAAAUUGUCUGUCACCUACAAGGCAAACGUAAAGAACUAGACAACUCCUUCCUUUAAACACUGGAAUUGCUCAAUGUUUAUCUCCAAUAAGGAAAGGUAUAUAGGCAUAGUUCUGGUUGGAGUUUUCGUAUCCAUAGUGACAGAAGCCUCAGAUUAAAAUGUAAAUGUGACAGCAAAGAUUUCCUUGCCUAGCUUACCAGUAACUAAAGUCAACAUAUGUAUUUCUACCUGCUGAGUUAUAUUCUAAAAGGUAUUAGAAACAUACCUGAAGUAUGCUAUCUGCUGGAAACAAAAGCCCUGUCAGAAAAGUAAAGCCUCAGAAGAGGAACUGUGGUACCAUCACAAUAAAUCAAAAAAUUUUUUGUGUAGACUAGCUUUUGUGUUGCACAGUAACACUGCAUGUCUUCUACUGCUCUUUCCCCCAUCCUAAGAUGAGUGAAAUUGGGAAACUUUUCCCUUUUUUUGUUUGCUUUUUUUCCCUUAGUUCAGCAAAAUGUCAAGACUUGGAACUGCCUUUCUCAGCGAAAGAAUAGCUGACAGAAGAAAACUACUCUAAAAUACUGUGUUUACAGUUCUGUGCUUUUGUUAGGCUUCAGCCUUAAAAUUUUAUGCACAGACUUUAGGACCUUACAUUUAAUGCCACUCUUUUGAACUUAGUGCAAUUGUACAGAGUAUGUUUCAAGAAACACUUAUUUUGCCUUCAUCUUUCUCUUGAAAAUAAUGAAAAAAAUCUUCAUAUUGAUCCACACAGUAGGUCACAACACGAUCUUUGUAUAUGUUUCACAUGCAGCCCAUACUGCAUUAUACGCUUUUUCACAGAAAAAACACUCUUGUAGUGGUUCUGUGAUAACACAUACAUUUGUGUAACUGUUAAUAGUAGUAACAAAGACAGAACACAAGUUCUCUUUUCUUCUCAUGUCUCUUGAGCUGUAUUGUUCUAAUUAGCAUUCCAUCUUCUGGGUUUCAUUUUGGUGACUUGAACUCUUGAGUUUUGCCUUCUGUUAUGGUCGAGCACAUACAAGUGUAUGUACGUGUGUACAGUAUGUGAUGCAUAAUCACAUAAUGUAUAAAUGCACCUAAGCCUUUGCAGUACAUAGAUAUCCCAGAGGUUGGAAAUUCAAUAUUAAAUUAUCUUAUUUGUUUAAUACAGGUUACCUAGCAGCAGCCCCAUAGUUCUUUUCAGUUGUGUAAUCAAUUCUAAGUGCAAAAAUUCAUUGUUAACCACAGUAAAUUAAUUUGAGUAAUAAAAAAGGCAGGAAAUAACUUCAACAACGUAGGACAGUAUCUCAUGCUGUGUCCUCUGCUUUACUCCUUAGCAGUUUUGCUUUAAUGAAAUUGGGCAGAUGCAGUCUUUUGUCUGCUAAGUACUUGAGAUAUAGUGAAUGGUUCCUAAUUCACACUGAAGUCAUCCAAAUAUAUAGUGACCACAAAAAUAUUUUCCAAAAUUCAGACACCCCAGCAAACGAACUGAACAUUUUUUCUUUGUGAGUUAUUUGCUGUUAUUCUGCCUCUUCUUUGAAUGCUGAACUUACAACUUCUGCAAAAAUAGUUCUAAUCACACUGUGUCUGUGUUAAGGAGUUCUUAAUCCAUCUUUUAGUCCUUGUCAGCAGUAAAGACAAUUUUGCUAGUUCUGCCACCUACUAUUCAAAAUAUUUCACUGUAUCAUUCAGUGUUUUACAUUUUGAAGUUUGUAAGUACUGAUACAGAAGAUACUUCCCUAACAAAUUUAUCAAAUUGGCAAUAAGUUGUACUUAUUGUCUCAAGUCAAUCAGAUGAUUUUUCUAAUACAGAACUCUCCAGACCACUGAAAAUGUGUGUUUGUUAUAGCGUCAUGUCUGUUAGAAUUAAAAACUUUGGCUCCAGUGGUUGUGGUUUGCUUUCCUGGUGACUGUGACAAAAAAUUUCUUUUUGUUAGCAGCUAAACUAACAAAAUUAGCCAUAGCGGCCUAUAUUUUCUAAGCAAAUUCAGCCUUAGCAUGCAAAGAGUUUCAGACAUGCAAAUUUUUUGGUAGAAAAAACUUAAAUCUGUACUCCCAAAGUCAAAAUCAACAAAAAUCACAACUUUCAAGUUGCAUUUAAAUUUCACAGCUCAAGUGCGUUUGAGUUUUGUUUGAGGUUUAAUGCACUGAGAUUUAAUUGUUCAGACUUCAGAAAUCUGGCUCAUUAAACUAAACGUCCAAAAGCUAUUUUUAUCCUGCUAAAACCUAAUUAUAUAUAAACUGAAUAAGAAUUAAUAAAAAAAUUAACUAGAGUUUUUUUUUUUUUUUCCCUAGAAGUGUUAGACUCUGUACUUCCAGAUCAGCAUUAUUUUUAUUAGUGGUUUGGAUUUUUUUUUUUUUUUGCUUCUAGUCCAGGACAAGUAAAAGGCCUAAUUGAGGCCAUAUCUGAGCAUUUCUAAUCUGUUGUGGAACGAUGUCCAAAAGUUAUGCACUAAGUGAGAAAAAUAGUUGACAUAGCAUGAUAUUCAUCUGAGAUGUUGCAUAUUUUAUUAGAGCAAUGACAGAAACACCACUGUUAUAUCUAGUCCACAAAUUUUGUGAUAUAGUAUGUAAUUUAGUUAUUCCAUUAGAGAAAUACAGUAGUGUUUUUAGUGGCACUAUGUGCUAAAGUGUAUUUACAUUGGAGGGGACAUGCAGUGUGGAAUUCAUCUUUUUAUGUGGCACAGUCUUGUUUCAUGUGUUUAAACUUGGAACAGUGUGAUGCGUUUGCUAUGACUGCAUUUAGGCCAUGUAGUGUUAAAAUUGUAGGGACUGCAGACAGCACCAUUCACGUUAAAAUUGGGAUUGUCAGAUGUUCAAAACAAUUAUGACCCUCUUGAAAUAAUGCAUUUGCCUCUAACACUGUGACACAGGAGCAGUUCUGUGAAGUGGUACAAAUCGUUUCUUCAUUCUAAACACAGAAGAGACUUUCUGCACACUACUAUAAGGAAGUUCACAUUCAAACUUUAGGUUAUAUAUCCCAAUCCAGCAAAGGCACAUCACAACUCUUAUUUUGCUCUCUGACCAAAAACUGUGCUCGAUUGUAAUACGGGUGUAUACUCUGUCAAAAUACCUAAAACUAUGGACUGCUUUCUAGGGUAGGUCAAACUGAUUUGUAGAGUAGAUUCAUAUAUAUUCAAAAUUCAGGUUGGGCUGUUAUGUGGUGAAGAAAGAACUUCAAGGUAACAUUCAACUUUAAUACAUUUAGUGAGCUGAAAGAUUUGUUUUAUAUAUAUAUAUAUUUACACACACAUAUAUAUAUAUAUGAUACAUAUAAACUAUCUUUGUAAAAAAGAAAAACAAAAAAUAUGCAAGUGCAAUAAUUUAAAGAGGUCUUAACUUUGCAUUUAUAAAUUAUAAAUACUGUACAUGGUGUGUAAUUUUUUUCAUGUAUUCAUUUGCAGUCUUUGUAUUUAAAACAAACCUAAACCUUUACUAUUACGUUUGUACAAUAGAACAGUAAGCAUUUAUUAUGAUAUAGUUAAGUUGUAAAUAAAUCACAAACCAAACAGCCAGUACAUAUGCAUAUAUGGGUGUCCUAUUGUGAAACCUGUUUUUGCUUUUACUGCUGACUUUAGCACAGCAAGACUACUUCUGUGGAUAUGUAAUUAUACAUAUAAAUAUAUGUAUGAUACAUAAAAUAUAUUUAGAAAUGUUCAUAAUUUUAAUGGAUAUAUCUAUACAUAUUCUUUGGUGUGAAUAUUACUGAAUACAGAGUUUUUUUUAAUAUUA